UGCAGUUGCUCUUCUCGCUGCCUCGCUAAAAUCUUUGCGGUCCUCGCGUCAUCGCUUAGCUCCUCCUCCUCUAAUGCGAAACAAACUCGCUAUCCGGAAAUACAAAUCCCGUGAUAGCGGGGCAGUGCUAGCCUAGCAUCGGAAUGACUGCAGCGCCUCUCUCGCUUGGGCUUUAAAGUCUUCAUCGGCGGUCCCUUUUGGCCCUUUUUUUCGGCUCCGCUGUGAUUUGCCGACAUGGGCGUGUGGAGGUCGACGGUUGUCAGUGGACGUAUCCCUCCGCGCCGGCGCUUCCAGCGGGAUGCAGCCCCUCGGCGGACGUAACGGGAUGCCGCUCGGUUAGCAUCAUCGCAGCCGACUCGAGCCGCGUAAGCUAGCAGGCUAGUUAAUACCCUGUGGCCACUUAAUUACACACCGCGGCCCGCCGUUCAGGCUGCAGCUAGCAGUUAUGGCGCGGCUGGUGUUGGAGCAACUGUCAGAUUUCGGGGACUACACUGGCAAUAACAGACUAAGUGAACUACUCGCGGAAAGCCUGUCCAACGUGCGGCUGAGCCCAGACGGACGCCACAUCCAUGUCAUCCUGGACGAGCCCGACGGCGGCCUCGUGACUUUUGACAAGUACGAGCGGCCACAGCUGCUCCAGAGCCAGAAGAAGCUGGAUCUGCGGCUGACGCGAAGCGUGCCCGUUGUGGACGUGCUGUACUUGGACCACAACAACAGCAGCCGCAGGGACGCCGCGGUUGUGGCGGUGGUGUUCGAGAACGGCAAAGCCGAGUUCUGGAGGUUUCAGGAGCCGAGACCCGGCUGGAGUCUCCUGCAGACGUCGGAGCUGUGCAACGGCCCGAGGGCCAGAGUGGCGUCCGUGUGUGUGUGUUCCAACCUCAUCGUGUGGUGCGAGGAGCGGCCGCCGUCGGAAAGCUCCCCGGCCGCCGGCUCCACGAGGAAUAAGCUGCGGUACUGCGUGUGCAGACGGGACUUUGAGGUCGAGGAGGGGGCUGUCGUUUUGGGUGGAGUCAAAAUAGCCCUCCACAAUAACCCCAAAUUCGCCGCGAUCAGCUCAGGGGAAUACGUCUACCUUCUUCCUGAUUUAAAAGUGAAACCACCUUCGAGCAUCUCCAGUUUUUUCCUCUCGUGGUCACCUUAUCAAGGCUUCUUCAGGAUAAACACUGCAUGUAGAAACACCCCGCUGAAAGAGACUUCAGCUAAAGAGUCUGAUUUCAAGAGGCUGGUGACCGACUGUCUAGGAUAUUUAUCAGCUGUUGAAGCGCCUGAGAUCCACGACUGCGCUCCCACAGGCUGCGGAGGCCUGCUGCUGCUGCUCAGCACCGGCUGCCUGUGUCUCCUGCACCAGGACGGAGCGCUGCGGCAGCUUUACAGGCUGGCAGACAAUCAUCUGAUACAACGCCAUACUAAAGUGAGCAUCUGCAUGUACCAGAGCGUCGCGGCAAUGCUGAUCGGGCAAAACCUGCACCUGAUCGACGCGAACUGCGGCAGGGAGCUGGAGCGGGUCAUCCUGAGGGGAGAGGGGCUGUUAUACACGAGCCGAGCUGAGAGAUGGACGCCGCACCUGCUCUCAGAAGCAGGACUUUUCGUGAUAGUGAACGAGGGGACGGACUCUGGACGCUUGAACUCUAACCUGGACUUCACCGGCUGCAGUUCGGCGGAGAGCGUGCCUCCUGGAGCCCUGCUUGUGGAAGCGGUCUUUGAGGAGGCCUGUAAGUACUACCAGCAGCGGAGCCUGAGCAGCACCAAGCUCACGGUGGACGCGCUGAAGAAAGAGGGCCGGUUCCAGGCUCCCAUCUCAUUAGCGACGAUCAUCAGGAACCACUUCGGCGCGCGGUCGAGACCGAAGGGAGCCGAGCCGUCGCAGAACGGAGGAGGUGGACUUAUAGCGGAGAAAGACAAGCUGAUGGGCUCUCUGGAGACGGAGCUGAAGGCUCUGGUGUCGCUGGAGGAGGUGAAGGGGACUUUAGUCAGGGGCAGCGCUAAGGAGGUGGAAGCAGCGUGCGAGAGUCUGAUUGAAAAGGAAGUGACCCGGCUGCUGUCGACCUCCGAGCUGGACAAAGAGUCCCUGCUCUACCUCAACUCCAUCUUCAGCGUCUUCCCCUGCCCAGCCUGGAGAGCUGUGCAGGCUGCCCUCCAGCUACACUACAACGGCGACGGCUCUCUGACGAGCCGGGCCUCCCAAGACGCGUGGAAAACCGUCCUGAGCGCCGGCUCGGCCUCCUGCGCCCCAGCCCCCCUCGCCAACGGCGGGCCAAAGCGCAGUCCCAGCCUGAAAGGUGAUUACGCCGCCAACCGCCGAGCCAAGUCCCCCGUCCCCACCCCCCCCUCCGCCCUGCCGGUGUUCGAGCUCCUCUGCCACUCCAUCCUCCGCUUCCAGCCCAGUUGGCUGCCCAGGUUCCUCGAGCUCGCCCAGCAGCACUGCUCGGCCGGCCUGGGCCUGAGCCUGGCGGCGUCGUCGUGGAGCUUCUCCGGGGGCCGAGCCGGGGAGGGCCGGGAGAGCCACGUCCCGCUGUACAAGCGGGCGCUGUCGGUCCUGUCCAGCCUGGGCCCGGACGGGGACCAGGCCCUGGACCUGGAGGUGGAGCUGCUGCUGGUCAGCUGGCGGCCGAACGGCAUCCUGCAGGCGCUCAGGAUCCUCAUGGCCAAGCGGGAGUGGAAGCGGGUCACGCAGGUGGCCCAGGAGUUCUGCCAACAGAGUCCGCUGCUCAAUAAGGAGAUAUUCACUACUCUGCUGUGUGAGGUGGCCCAGCACCGAGACCUGGACCCCUACCUCGACCUGCUGUGGGCACUGUGCCCCGAGGAUCUCACUGUUACCACCAUUCUAAACUUGGUGCUGAAAAACCUGCCCUCUCCCGACACCCUUCCUCCUUCCCCAUCGUCUUCCUCAGUUUCCUCAUCGUCCCCCGCUCCCUUCGCAGACCCCCACAGCAGCCAGUUGACCAUCGGGCUGUUGAAGCCCCUGCUCAGAAGGGUCCUGCAGCGGGAGACCAAGCCCAGCCAGCGGUACGUGGACAUCCUCCAGUCCCCGCUGUUCCCCCCCCCUGCUCCUCCCCGUCAGCCUGCGGGCAAACAGGAGGCCGGCGCAGACCCGGGCUCAGGUUCGGCUCUGGGCGGCCACGCCGCCACCGCCGGAGCACCCGAGCAGCCCACGCGCGCCAGCGUGCAGAGGGCCAGGGUGGCACUUCCUGCUAACCCGGUCUGACUCACAUCAAAAUAGACAAGCCAAAUGCAGAACAAAACGUGUCACACAUGUGACCAAAAUCUAAAGCACAGCGUGUGUUUGUAUGUUGGUAAUCUGAUCUAAACAGAAGCAGGGUGUUAUAUGUUACAGGUAUCAUCAGUAUAAUGCAAUUAUAGAGUGUUUUAAACUGAUUAGUUAUUAAUAAUAGAAGCUAUGGAAUCUUACCUGUGUAAAUAAUUUUAAUGAAUGUGUACAAACAGUAUCCAAAGUGUUAUUUAUCUCAUAGGCCUUAACUGCACAUGUAUGAGAAAGCAAAUCGUUGCAUAGUCUCAAUAAGCUUAGCCUUCAUCACUAUAUCGCCAAUAAGUAAUAAUAUAUUAAUGAACAAUGUUUUAGCCUGUAAAGGCUCAGCCAGAACAAAGCCACUAACUCAGACUUUCCUUGUGUAAAAUAUUGUUGCUUUCUUAGCCGUUAAAGUAGCGAAAAUGUACUUGUAGCAAAGUAGAGCUGCUUUUUGCCUGAUGUGUUUAUUCAUUGACUAAUGUGCUGUUAUUUAGGUGGGUCCAAGGUUUCCUUCUUGCCUAGUUCUGUACAGAACCUAUUACAAGUGCUUAAACAUUUACCAGGUCGACAGAGGCUGUUGCUCCAGAGCCGUUUGGUCGACCCCGCGUCGUCCUCCCUGUCCACGUCUCCUUUCAGCCCAGCUCACAGCACAUUCCAAGCGGAAUAGCAAGUAAAAGUGGCUCACAGUUCAACUUUAUAUUCAAUUUGAGAGGUAAUUCAGUUAGGAUUCCGGUGCGGGUUGGGCAUGUGGCGACUCACAUACGCUCCUGCACAUCUUCCUUCAUGUUUCCAGUGAGCGUAAUGCGAUUAGAGAUGUUGAACCCUGCUGUAUUACACUAGCUUUUCUCCUCAAACCUGUGCUUUUACAUGACCUGAGGCAGUAUUGUCUGCAUCUGUUGAAAUGAAUGUUCUAUUUAAGUGCCUGAUAUCAUGAAUGCCUUUUGUUAAUGCGCUCUAACAAUCUCUAUCGGUUAUUUUAGUCGAGGUAUUUGUGCAUAAACGUGGAGCCCAGCAAGCACAAUGUUAUUUAUGUUGUAAUGAGACUACUAAGAUCAAUCGAUGCCUGAGUGUCUUGGGCGCCAACAGACAAUCAGGCUCCAGAAUCCUGCAGAAGGGCCGUUCGCAGUUCUGCUCUUCAUUUACAGGGUAGUGCCACAUUUCUGCCGUGACUCUUCAUGGUUGUAAAACGUUUAAAUGAGCUUUUAACGAUUAAAAGCUCAUUUUAAUCAGCUUCUAAAGGCAGUUUUAUAUCAUUUUACUUUUAGUACGAACCCCACUUUGUUCUGUUCUGAUUGCUUUGUACAGUCAAGUCAUUUCAAGCUGUGUUCCCUGAAAGCAGCGCGGUAACUGACGGUUCAGUUUAGUGCCAUGAGUUUCACAGUGCAUCUGAGAGUUUCCGGGAUUUCCCUGACUUCCCCAGACGGCCGCCUAACCCAUGGCUGACGUUCACGUUGUACAUAUUAAAGUGGAGUAAACCUUACUCCUGGUAUGUGGUAACAAGACCACCAUGGGAACAAAAAGCAUGCAUGCAGGUAUUGAUGAACAGAUGCCGUAUUAAACUGAACGUUAAAGCCUCCA